GAUCGUAAACCCAAAAACAUCUCGAAAUAACAAUAAAACUAGUGUGCAAAAUCAGUUCAAUCCCUCGAUAAAAAUGAACGGCCUGUCGACACCGAUUCUCUACGACCUCCGAGGGCACGUGCAAAUCGCCAACCUGGGUCUCUGCUCCCGUAAAAACAUCGAGGAAUCAAUGCUGGACAUUGCGACGAUAAUUACCUCCCACAUGGUGUACCAGGAGGAGCCCUGGGCGAAUGGUGCAGCUCACGUGGCGUAUCACCUGGGCCAGGAGUUGGUGAACACUUGGCACAGGAAUGGACCAGCCCAGUCAGCGAGUGUCUUCGAGUACGCUGACAUCCUCAGUGGGUACUCCAUCAAGGCGUUCGUCCCGCCGGAGCUGGCGAACGUCAGGGGAAAUGUCGAGGGGAACUGGUCGUUCUUUCGUCAGGACAGCUCCAUGGACUCAGACGCCUACACCAAGAUCUAUUACGACUUUCGUUACAUCUUCUCCACUGCCGUUCACGAGGAUCGACACAUCUACGAGCAGCAUCUCUACGAGGGGCAUGACUUCUACAUCGGGCAGAAGGUGAAGACGUCCAUCAGGUCGAUUCUCACGUCUGCCAACAACUCGAGGGCGUUCAAUGCUGAUGAUGCCUGGAUCGUGCUGGAGAGCGAUAAAUAGGGGGUUGAGGGGGCUGAAGGGUCUCUGGGAGGUGAGGUAAGAUGGACCUUUAGAUAUUUUGAUGAAUGGGGGGAUUCGGAGGGGUUUACAUGGAUGAAAAAAUUCAAUAGAGGAUGGGUAAAAUGGACACUAGAUUUUUUUAAAAUUAUUCAUGGGGGAAAAUGGGGCAACAUGAAACAUGGGGUAAAGUGGAACAGUCGAAAAUACAACUGUUUGACGCAAUUCAAGCAGAAAAAAAAUUUUUUAUCCACUUUUUUUUUUAUUAAUUUGUGCCUAUCAACUUUUUUUUUUAUUAUUGGGAGUACUGAUUAGAAUAGUAAUUUUCAGUAGUUCAGUAAAAUGGAAAAUUAUUGAGAAGUUUUGACGGGAGAAAAUUUUGUC